AUGGGGUUUCGGACACGUGGCCGCAACCCACUGAUGAUGGACCUCAUCGACCAAUCAGAGGACAGCGACGAAGGCUACAGCUCCUCCUCCCCCACCAUCCCCGCCUCCUCUCUCCCCUCCGGCGGAACCCUGCGCCACGCCCCCCCUCCCCUCAUCGACCGCUCCGCCUACUCCCGCUCGCUCCGCGCAACCCCUGGCGCAGACGAAGGGGCAAGAUCCGGACCCGUUCAGCUGGUGGCGGAACUUCCUUUCCGCGACGGCGCGGGCGGAAGAGUGCGGGGGGGAGGGGCGGGGAAGGCAGGGCUCAGCCGCGGGGCUGGCGGUGGGGGGAGCCUUGGAGAUAGCAUACGCGGACCGGGUCGUUACAACUCGCUAGAUCCGACCGUUGCUACCGCGCUCGAUGAUUGGCCAGCUGCUCAAUCCGCCGCAGAUUACGGCGCAGAUCCCGGCUCGGAUUACGACGCCGACUACGGCGGGGUCAGCGGCGCGGAUUACCCGACCGAUUACAGCAGCAGCAGCAGCGGCGGCGGCGCCCGCCGCCGCCGCGGAGGUGCGGGAUCAGGCGGCGGGAAACACGGGGGAGAGGCGCGGAGCUGUCCGUACGAGGCGGGGGACUUGGUGGUGGUGCGGUGCAUGAAGGCGCGGUGGUGCUUCGGCGAGGUGCUGCGCGUGUCGGACGAGAGCGUGCGGUUGUGGGUAGACGCUGUGCGCAGCCGAGUCGACGUGCCGCUCGCGCUUGUCGCCUCCCAUAUUGCCCCGGACCUCGCCUCUAUCCCUCCCGACGACCCCCUUGCUGCUACGUCUGCUGCUAUGUCUGCUGCUGCUGCUGCUGCGCCUCCUCCUGCCGGGUCUGCUUCUGCUGGUGGUGGCGCGGCCGGCGGCAGCAGCGCCGCGGCAGUUGCGCACGGGGCGAGUCGAUUAAAGCCCUCUUCCGCCAGGUCGUCGCCCGCCCGCAGCGCCGUGUCGCACUCGCACGCGGACAGCAGAGGGUCGUCGCCGGAAUCACGGGGGCAUGUCUCCUUCCCACUCUCCUCCCCACUCUCCUUCCCACUCUCCUUCCCACUCUCCUUCCCACUCUCCUCCCCACUCUCCUUCCCACUCUCCUCCCCACUCUCCUCCCCUCUCUCCUUCCCACUCUCCUUCCCACUCUCCUUCCCACUCUCCUUCCCACUCUCCUCCCCACUCUCCUUCCCACUCUCCUCCCCACUCUCCUCCCCACUCUCCUUCCCACUCUCCUUCCCACUCUCCUUCCCACUCUCCUCCCCACUCUCCUCCCCACUCUCCUCCCCACUCUCCUCCCCACUCUCCUCCCCACUCUCCUCCCCACUCUCCUCCCCACUCUCCUCCCCACGCCCCCAGCAACCCCGCCUUCCCUCCCUCUGCAUCUCCCAUACUCCUACCAGAACCAGUGGUCUCCGGGGCUCUCUAGCCGCCAACAGUAGCCCCUCCAGGGGCGUGAGCGGAAACGAGCUGGUGUUUGAGAAUUCUCUAAAAGCAAUCCUGCCUUCUCUCUCUCCCUCUGCCCCCCCCCCUGCUGCUGCCAAUACUCCCGCUAGAAUCAGUGGGCUGGGGGGCUCUGUAGCCGCCAACAGUAGUCCCUCCAGGGGCGUGAGCGGAAACGAGGAGGGGGACGGGGAGGGGGAGCGGGAAGGGGAGGGGGCGCGCAGGGAGGGGUGCAGCACGUGCGGGCUGGCGAUCAGAGAGGCGCCGGUGAUAGCGUGGGAGUGCGGGCACCGCUCGCACUUUGCCUGUGUGGGCAUGCGCCUGAGCAAGGGGCUGUUGGACUGCGCCUCCUGCCUCACUGCCAAGAGUGGGCUGAAGCAGUAUGGGGAAGAAGCGGAGGAGGAGGUGUGGUUUGGGUGUGUGUGCGGUCAAACGUGCGCUCUGGAUAGCCUUCAGGAGGACCCCCUCACCCGCAGCUUCUGCUGCCCGAACUGCCAGCCCCAAGUACCCCUGCAAUCGCACCAAGAUCGCCAUCGCCAUGAGCAGCAGAGGCAGCCGCAGCAGCUGCAGCAGCUGCGGCAGCAGGAGCAGGAGGAGGAGGAGGAGGAGGAGGAACGUGCGUGCCAGGAGGCCUUGUCCCAUUUCCUGCCCACCCACAGCCUGCCAUCUAACAGCCUACCCCCCCACAGCCUGCCAUCCCGCAAUCUGCACAAGAUGCGAAGCAUGGGUCCCUUAGAUCCGGACCUGAACAGCUUUCGCCGAACCUCCAGACCAGGUUUGGGAGGUGGAGCCAGCGGGAUGAAUCUGGGGUCUUAUGUUGAGCGAUCUAGGUCGUUUGAUCCCGCGCCUUAUGAGUUUGCUGCUGUUGGUUCUGCUGGUGCUGCUGCAUCUGCUGCUGCUACUGCUUCAGAUAUGUACAUGCGGGUUGCCACUUUGGAUCGAGGCACAAGGCCCCCCAGACAAUCGUCUUUGACUGCUGCUGCUGCUGCUGGUAGCGGUGGUGGUGGUAGCGGCGGUGCUGCUGCUGCCGCAAGAGCAGGGUUCAUAGGAGGUGGAGGAGGAGGGGGGGAGGCCGGUGGGGUGCAAGGCAAGGUGAUGGGAGCAGGGGGUGCUGCAGCCCGGUCAGUAGCAGAGUCCCUGCCGCAGUUUGUGCGCACAGUCACACUGGACAGCGCAUCGCUCUCACGCGUGCGCUCCCGUGACUUUGACCCGCCGCUCUCCUUCCCUGCAUCCAGGCUCCUUAGUGUUGGCGGUGGUAAUGGCGGUAGUAACAGUGCUGGUGCUGCUGGCGGGGGGGCUGCUACCAACAGUGGUGGUGGUCACAUGGGCACAGCAGCCAUGCCUCCCCUCCGGAGGCUACUCUCUGACUCCCCAAGCCACACCCAUUCCGGACAGCCCUAUCGGCCCUACUCCCCUCCUACUGACUUCUUCCCACCAUCCGCCUCUACAGGUUCUUUUUCUGCCCGAGAUGCUGACGUGGCAGGCUGGAGGCAGGAAGAUAGUGGGGACGGUGGGCUCAGGGGUAUGGGCGCCAUGGGUGGUACUACAGCAGGGAUUGGCCGUGCACCUGUGCCGAGGAUGCUAUCCGCAGAGGCGACUUUAGUGGCCCGAUCUGGAGCCGGGAUGUCUUUAACUCGCACUAUGUCUGCGGAUUUAGGUCCCGGCGGCUCUGCUAGUUCCAGUGCUGCAAGGCAGCGCGCGGCUUUCAACUCCUCGUCCGCUCUGGGCAGCAGUGCGGGAAUGCCUCGACCUUUUGAUUCCCCGCAGAGAAUGCCGAGUGCGGCCGGUGGUGGCGGCGGUGGGAUUCAAGGCAAUCUGAGGCCAGGCGCUCUGUUGGAUUCACCUGAGGAUCUCCCCAGGGAAGGGCAACAGCCGUUGUUCCGCACUUCGUCUGAUUUUCAGCAGGGCCUGGGAUUCGGGGAGAGGGGCGAGAGGGGGCGAGCGGAGGGUGUGGUGCUUUAUGAUGUGGACGGGGAAGGGGGGUCUGUGGACAGGGCAGCUGCUACGCAUGAGUCUGCUGCUUGGGAAGGAGGAGCAGGAGGAGGAGGUGGGUUUGGGGUGGGCGGUGGCAGCAGUGGGCACCUAGCAGCUGGUCGAAGCGGCAGUGAUGAGGGUCAGAGCAGUGGGGGUUACGCAUCAUCAGGCAUGGGGGUGGGGGUGUCAGGAGGUGGAGUACUGUCGGUUGUCACAGACAGCUACACAGACGUUGCUGCCUCCUCCAACCUGCUCCCUCCCCUCCCUGGCGCACGGCAUGUGGGCCACCUGGGGCAGCAGCAGGGGCAGCAGCCGGUGCGGCGGCGUCACCACACACUUACUGAGGAGCUGUUGCUGGGAGUAGGAGGCGCAGCGGUGGGUUCGGGGUGCUUGACUGGUGAUGAUUACGAUGCGUACGGAGGAGGAACGGGCAGAGGGGGGGGAGGAGUGAUGGGAGGAAGCGAGGGAGUGGGGAUGGGCAUGGGAGGAGGAGGAGGAGGAGGAGGGGGAGUGCGUCGCAGUCCCUUGUUGAGCGGUGGGGGGUUGGGGGUGCGGAGGGUAGGGGUGCAGUCACCAGACCAGAUGCGUGUGAGUAGGCACCGCGAGGGUGCUACUGCUUCUGGGCCGUUCUCUGCAUCUCCUAGCCCUUCAGGAGGGAACACGCCCAUCUCGGCCUCGCCUCUGGCCGGUCGAAGCCCACUUGCUAGGACGUCCCAGGCGGUAGCGAGGACGGCGGAGUCAGCAGCGAUUUUCGACCACGUCUUCGUGCCGGAGCUGAACUCGCUGAUUUUCCAGCUCGCUGCUCUCUCCGACCUCCGUUUCGCCGAACCUAAUCCCUCACAGGCGGAUAUAAAGGCGUGCAUUGAAAAGCUUGAAGAACGAGUUAAAGCCGUCUCCACAACAAGCAAGCACUUGUCAAGGCAGUUAACAGGCUCUGGUGGCUCUGUGGCCGUGGCGUCGCGAAAGCUUCAGAGCACUGAGGCUGAAACUCUUAACGUCAUGGUCGAGCUGGAUAAGAAGGAGAAGCGGGACAGCAAGCGCAGCCUCUGGCUUGGGAUUGGCGGGGCGGUUCUUGUGGUGCUUGGAGCCCCUCUUCUCCUGUGCGAGGCACCUGCCAUCAUCGCUGGUGCUGCCAUUUCUGGCGCUCGUGUUGGUGCUGGUGUUGCAGCCGUGGUGGGAGCUGGCGCGAGUGCUGGUGGAUCCAAAAUAUACGCCACCAAGGCAGCACAUGCACUCACAAUCUACAGGGACAAGGGAGAGGUGCUGGAAGGCGUGCAGAGGAUGAAGGGCCCGGCACGAAGCCUCUCUGACAGCACGGGCAAGCUGGUCAAGGGCUUAAACAAAGUUGAUACUCUGCUCACCAUGCUCUCCGACCGCGUCUCAGAGUUCCUUGCAGCUGACAAGCUGGGUGCUGGGUCUGAGCUGAGGUCGAUGGCUUUAGACAAGCUGCUGGAACUGGCACUGGCGGUUGGGGUGUCUGCUUGCUACCUGCCGGCACAUGAGGUGGAGGUGGAUAUGCUGCUGGGUGACAGGGAGGCUGCUGAUGUGGUGCGUGCCUGGAAGCUGGAUCAACGGGAGGCUGAAGCGGCUGCAGCUUUUGCGGCAGCCAAGGAAGGGGUGUGA